CAAGAGCAAACACUUUUUCGAGUGAAGGACUUUCAUAAAUCAGCCAUGCAUGUGAAUGAAGACACCGUUUCAAGGAGGCUUGGAGCCACUAACAAAACCUGUUUGUAUUUCAUCAUCGCUACCCUUGUGGUGUUACUCAUCUUUGCGUUAGCCACCAUCAUGGUCUUUGUCGUUCAGAAGAAGGCAGCUGAUCCUGCUACGGCGGGCAUCGCAAAACCUAUCAAGACAGGGAACACCUCCGAAGACUAUUUAAGAAUCCUACAGAAUGUCCCGACCAAGAGAGCCGCUGCGUACAUGAGAGUGUCAAAUCCAGUAAACAGUUCAAAACUGAGCUUGGUCGAGAAGGGUAUUUGUGAAGACAUCCAUUGCAAGAGCGAAGAGCUGGUGAUACAGAAACAAGGCCUCUACUUGAUCUAUUGCCACUUGAACUUUCAUUUUCCCAACUGUUCAAACAGCCCUACUGACCUCAAGAUAGAAUUCCUUGUGAAUGACAAAGUCAACAGACAAACAUUAUCCACAUGGUGCGCAUCAGAAAUGUGCCAAGAAAAGACUUUUAAGACCUUGUUCCAGCUCCAUUUGACAUACCUGAAUGUGAAGGACCGAAUAUCAGUAACACUUAAUCAUCCUAAAUUCUUGAAUGAAAUUUCUCUUCCCAAUGAAAACGUUCUUGGGGUCUUGAGGUACAGCGAUGAAAUGUGA